GAACCAGGGAGAGCGAGAAGACACAGCGAAGGGAGUCGCGUCCAUGGACCAUGAAGGCCGCGACGGGGAGGAGGAGAGGGGGAAGUCUGCCGAGUCCUCACAGCCUCCGAUAUAAGACGCAUAUGAAGUUCGAUAAUUUGCUUCUUGUGACAUUGGGCAGGAUCACCAUGUUUGUGGAGGUUCUUUGCAGGAGCUCAGGUAAGGUUAGGAGGUUCGCAGCUGGAACCACUGCUGGAUAUGCAUUGUAUGUGAUCAAUUGUAAAUUGGAUAUCGGGGUUGCCCCAGGCUUGCAUAUUGAGGCUGUAAAGGAAGGGGAGGAACCUGUGGUCUUUGGUCCUAAUUCCAUUCUUGUUAACUACGGGAAAGGUUGGAAUUUGCAGACUGUUACUGAUGAAGGGCAUGACGAAUCAAUAGGAAUGCUGCAGAAUUCAAAGAAAUCACCCAACUUCCAAUCCUUCAAGAAGCCGAUGACUAUGAAUCAGCCAAAUUCAACUAUCAGUUUUCAGUAUAUUGGGAAGAUACUACUAGCCUUUGCCUUCAUGUUCCUGCUUGGAGGAAUAUUCACCUUCUUCUUGGAAAACCUCCCAGCUAUGAACCUCUCAGCUGUAUCAAGUCUAUAACUUGAUCAACUGUGUUGUUCUCUAGCAUUCAGUUUGUGAAUUAUUCGAUGUCCAAGCCAGCUCUCUGUGGAGCGUCAUAAAAUCAUUCCUAACAUCACCAUAAAUUGGAUUGUUUGUAUUCCUUAUCUUUAGUUUUUGCAAGGAUGAACAUGUGGAAGUCUUCCCUCAUAAUUAGCCUUAGAAAACAUCUUGUUUUACUUGUCUUUUGGACAUUUUUAUAUGCAUAUUCACAAGGAAAAUGUUGGUCUGAAUUAAAGUUUUAUUUUUGAAGUUUGUAUUGAUGAUUCUCUUGUACCAAAAAACACUUCUACAUAGCCUGAAAACUGUGUUAGAGGUGGUUAACUGCAGGGUAUGUUUUGGACUUA